AUGGAUAAACAUAAAGACAAAGAUAGAGGCCUCUCUAGGAUAACUAGUUACAUAUCCGGAGAGAAGCCAGAGAAACACAAAAUGAGAUCGACCAAAUCGGGAGUAGAUAGCGGCUUUGGUGGAAACAUGACCAUGGACCAGACAAAAGCGUUUUGCCAAGCGAUAUCAGAUAAAAAGCUCGAUGAGUUACUUGAGAAAAUGAUGAACGAUACGGACAUCAAAGAAGCAUCGAGAGGUCCAAUUCGAAAAAAUAUAAGACCAAUAAAAGAGCAAAUGGUCGUCAUGUGGAUGUUUAAUUCGAACAAAGCGCUUGCAAGCGACUCGAGGAAUCACUCGCAAGAUCUUCUUUCGUGGAAAACGAUGAAAAAGAGCGAAUUGAGGGCUACUCUUGAGGCCGUAAAGGUCGGAGCGAGCUCAAAUACGGUCAACUGGUUGAAAGAGUUCUGCAGUCCUGUGGACCGCGGUGGAGACGAUGCUGGCCAGAAAACAGAUGGACUGUCUACCCUCGUCGAAAUUAUGAGAGCACAAACAGUUGAGUAUCUCGAAACGAAGAGGAAACUGAGAUACUCGAUCGACAUGUUUGGGAUGACACAGGACGCGACGCGGCUUGACGCAGAACUGAGAAGAGUGGAAUUUAACAUAAAAAACCUUGUUCUAAGUAUUUGCAAAAUUGGAAACGUUGGCUUCGGUUACAAGCGGCUCGUGAAGGAGUUCCGCGCUAUCAAGGCACUAUGCCUGACGCUCAAUCCUGACAUACCACUUUCUGUGAUUCAUCAAUCGUCGAAGCUACUGGCAGUCGUCGCCAUUGAUGCCGACGGGCAGAGUCACAUCAUCCGUGCGCUGACAGAAAAUGCGGAAGAGUUUACCGACGAAAAUGGCUUUCCGAAAUCACGAUUCAAAAAUCUAGUCAAUAUUUUGCGUCUCAAAAUUCCUGAAGAUCAUGAGGCUGAUUCCGUUACUCAACGACAAAACCAGAUAUUUACGAGGCAGUACGUGCUUAUUUUGAUCAAUGAAAUUUUAAAAAACAAAAAUGAUAACGACGAGGAAUCGGACGGCGACAUCGACGUGAGAAUAUCCCUGAGAAAUGAGUUUAUCCGCAACGGGCUGAAAGAUACGCUUAUCAGCAGGAUACGAUCCGAAGCGGUCGACGACAAGCAAGAUCUGCUUAUACGACAGUGCGACGAUUAUAUAAAAGAGCGAGAAGACGAUCAGCAGGAGCUUCAUGAUAGACUUAGCGCAAUCCGAGAAGAUCUCAAACUCUCGUCCGAACUUUUCAAAUAUCUUUAUCAUUCGACGAAAGGCACCGAAGCCGAGCACACCCCCUGGAAUGGGAGGGCCUCCUCCCCUCCGCCUCCUCCUGGUAUGGCCGUUCCCGGCGGUCCUCCACCUCCACCCCCACCCCCUGGAAUGGGUGGGCCGCCUCCUCCUCCUCCACCUCCUGGAAUGGCUGGCACUGGUGGUCCACCCCCUCCGCCCCCACCUCCGGGAAUGGCUGGUCCAGGUGGUCCACCCCCUCCGCCUCCACCUCCUGGAAUGACUGGCCCUGGUGGUCCACCACCUCCGCCGCCACCUCCUGGAAUGGUUGGCCCUGGUGGUCCUCCCCCUCCUCCACCUCCCGGUAUGCGCGGUCCCCCUGGACCACCAGGUCCUCCUGGAAUGGGUGGCCUGCCUCCUCCACCAGGCGGCAUGAUCGGUGGGGCUCGGCCUCUUCCUUUUGGUCUUACAAUGAAGAAAAAAUACGAGUCCGCCCAGACUAAACGACUUAAUUGGCAAAAAAUAGAACCCGUUAAGUUGAAGGAGGGCUCAAUCUGGACAAAGGCGAAUGAACAAAAAUUCGCGAAUGAAUCCCUCAUGUCUGAAAUCGCCUCCGUCUUUGCUACUAAGGCUCCUAAAAACACAAGAUCAGACGGACCGGCUGUUGAAAAGAAACGACAAAAGGAGAAUAAGAUUCUUGACGCAAAGAAGGCCCAGAACUUGUCAAUUUUCCUUGGCCGAGUCAAGGUUCCAUACCAGACCGUACGCAAACAGAUCCUUCAAUGCUCUCCAGAACUAGAAACAUCAUUCGUUGUCGGUUUACUCAAUCAGUUGCCGGAUGCUGAGCAGAUUUCUAUGUUUAAAGAGCUCAAAGACGAAUACAACGAGUUAGUCGAAGCGGAAAAAUUCUGCGUCGUCGUUUCCGACAUGCACAGAGUUCACAUGCGUCUGGAAACGAUAAAAUUCCAGCGUGAAUUCGAAGAGAUCGUUGACCGAAACAUCAAACCAGAUAUCGUCAGCGUAACAGAAGCGUCGAGAAAGAUUUCAAAGUCGAAGCCUUUCAGGCUGUUCCUUGAAUUGGUUCUGUUCAUUGGAAACGUCAUGAAUGCUGGUGGACGAAACCAGCAGAGUUUUGGUUUUGAUAUAGAAUACUUGCCAAAACUUCGCGAUUCUAAAACCGCCGAUAACUCAAUGACGAUGCUGCAUUUUAUUGCCCAGCUUAUCGAAACCGACCCCAAAUACGAAGAAAUACGAGGCUUCGAUAAAGACCUGCAUGCAGCUGAUCGAGCGCGCCGCGUUGCUCAAGACGAUCUCAACAAGAGCAUCAACAACCUGACGAAAGAGGUGAAGAACUUGGAGAAGAAUGUCGAGCAAGUCAGUAAGCUGUUGAACAAGGACCAAGACGAUCAAUUUGAUGAGACGAUGAAUGAAUUCCUGAUCACUGCCACGGAACAACACAAAUUGUGCCUUGAUCUGAAAGCGACUCUUGAUCAAGAGUACGAGUCAUUAGCAGAUUACCUAUGUUUUAACACCAAGAAAACACCUAUUGAAGCAUUCUUCUCGAUGAUGAAUCAAUUCCGGGAGGAUUACGCGGCUGCCGUUCGCGAGAAUCAAAUGAGGAAAGAGGAGGAAGAGAAGAAAUCACGACGAGAAAUGGCUAAAGUCGCAGCGGAGCAGGCCAAAAUAAAGAAGAAGCAAAAACUUCAAAGCUCUGCGUCAAAAACACAGAUCAUCGACGAUGAAUCUGAAAAUGUCAUCGAUGAUAUGCUCAAGGCUCUUCAGUCCGGCGAGGGGAAUAAGAAGCGACGACGGGCUCGCCGCAGUGGAGUUCCUACCGACGGAGGAGGAGACAACCGAACAAGAUCACGAAGGGGUGGACGUCAAGUGUUCGCCUCGCUUGAAGAGGCAAUUGCCGCUUCCUGA